CAGAGUCACAACAGUGCUUGGAGAGUAAACAACACGCGUAAUUCGAGAAACGAAGAGAAGUUAAAGUUCGUAGAUCGAAACAAGUAGAGACUAAUAAACAGAAAUAAAUAAAUUAAAAAGUGCGCAACAAAAUUUAUGGCAAAAUAUUUACCAGAAUAAAAUAAAGUAAAUUACAAUUUUUUUUGUUGCAAUUUUUCAAAAAUUUCCAAAACAAUCGGUCACAACAAUGACUCCCGCCAUACAAGCCACUUACGAUGCAACACGAAACUACAAGUGUCCGCUUAAGAAGCGGCCCGUGGUCUAUGUCGUGGACGACAAGGAUGCGGAGCCGACGCAACGAAAGGAUGAUGUUUUACCAUAUUACGGUGCUUUCGCCAACGCGGCGUGCAUCAAAGAGGAGGAGCCGGACUCGGAAAGUGAGUUAUCGAUUAACCACUGUGAUGAAGAGCCACAAGAUCUUUCGUUGAAACGCAAAUUCACCAGUUCAACGGCGUAUGAUGAAUAUGAGCCGCCAAUAAAACGUGAACAUGUCCUGGAUCUUUCCAAGACAGCCUACAAUCCAAAUGUGCAGGACGCAGUCAAAAGAUUGAGUUAUCAACCUAUUUCGCCAGCGCACUCUAUGAAUUCACCAGCCUAUGGUCGAGAUUAUCACGAUCAAUACGAUGUACAACAGCAAUACGAAAAGUCGGCUAGUAAAUGCUACAACAGUGCCUCAAAAGACUACAAAUCGGCGUUUAUGUUAGCUGCUGCUUGCGCCGCGCCAAUGGCAGCACUCUGGAACCCAUACCAGUCUAGCAUGGGCGAUCUGAGUUCGGUAUAUCCAUCGCCUGCAUCCUCGCUAGCAACGCCAUUAUACACACAGCAUAUGACGCCACCAUCAAGUCCCAGCUCGGAGGACGAUUCGGAUGUUGAAGAUUUGAGUAUACGAAGUGAUAUACCCUUGCCAGCGUUGCUACAUCACGCGACAGAUUAUAACUCUGCUGGCAGAAGUAAUAGCAGCAGCAGCAGUGCUAGUAGUACGAGUUCCAACAAUACCAAAAGCAUGACCAUGAAGUCAUCAACUUGCAAGGCUUCAACGAUAGACAAGACAGCCAACUUUGACUUUAAGUGCGACAAAUGCUCUAAAAUGUAUUCCACCGGCAUUGGCUUGGCGAAGCAUCAGCAAUACCAUUGCCCUGCCGCGGCAUGUAAUCGGGAAAAGAAGCUAAAUUCGUGUCCCGAGUGCGGUAAGGUGUAUAAUACUGCCGGCGCUAUGAAGAUGCAUGUUCGCACGCACACAUUACCCUGCAAGUGCCCCAUCUGCGGUAAGGCCUUCUCACGCCCGUGGCUACUGCAAGGUCACAUACGCACACACACCGGCGAGAAGCCCUUCCAGUGCACAGAUUGUCCGCGUUCCUUUGCCGAUCGCUCGAACUUGCGCGCCCAUCAACAGACCCACGCCGAGGUGAAAAAAUAUGCCUGUAAGCGCUGCAACAAGUCCUUCUCGCGCAUGUCCUUAUUGAAUAAGCAUGCUAGCACCAAUUGUAGCAACACAAAUGCGUAGUCUAGCUUCGCGCUUGGAGAAGAAGUUUAGAGAAAGUAACAGCAUCGAAGGCAGGACCUCAAAGGGAAGCGUGCGGUUGUAGCUGAUCGUUUUGAAAACGAUGUGUACAGUAUUUAAGAUGGCAGGAAUACCAUUUUAUUUAUAUUAGUUUUAAGUUAUGCUAUUUAUUGUUAUGCUAGUUUCCUAAGUCAUCUCAUUAAGUUAUUUAUUAUUCUUUUUAUUUUACAAAAUGCGGGACAAUGAUUUAAGAAGAAAAGGAUUCAAAUAAAAUAAUAACUGAAUUCUUUUAAGGUA